AUAAAAGUGUGUGACAAAUAUUUACAAGACAAGCUUUUUUCUAAACAUUUGCGUGGUGUUUAUAACAGUUUUUAAGUGCUCUAUUGUUUCUAUUAUAAUGACGUUCACCAAAACAAAGAUCAUGACCGGCCACAUGUAAGAUUAUCGGUGACACUUGGCCAAUAAACAAUGAAUGCACCUGAGCGGCGGCGAAUUAAGCGGUCGUCUUAUCUUUCACGCGGUUUUACAAAAACUCAAGAAAUUAUUUUUCCCAUCCCCUCUAUUAGGAUGUAUUUUAAAGUAAUAUGGGAAAUUCUAUUUAGUCACGAUUUAUUCGUUGGCGACUUUAUACUCCUCCCAGUGCACUUCAGUGAUUUCGUAUUUUGUGAUUUUUGUGACCUUGGCUAUGGAUGCCCGGAAUUUGAAUCCUCCUGACCUCCUAAACAAUUGUGCUAUGAACUGGACUCCGAACCUGCUUCACCCGAACGGCCUGGCUUCGAACACUGGAACCCUGAACUCGCCUUUGUUGAAUGAUAUGCAUCCUGAUUUAACAGCAAUGAUGCAAGAAAUAAACAACAACGACAUGGGUGUGGAUGUGAUUGAACCUGCCGAUGUUGCGGAUGCAGGCCUGACGACCGCGGAUUUACUUAAUAUUUUGCGCGGUUCUGAUGAUGAACUAAGUGACCAAGACCUAACGGAUUCUGACGAGGAAACCGGAGAAGACCCUCGGAUCGAGCCCGCAGAAUGGUCAUACUUCUUUUAAAUUACCGCGUGACGGCAAAAAUAGAGUGAAGAGAAAAAG